AUGUGCAACUAUGGCGGCUACUAUGGGGGCCUGGGCUAUGGCUAUGGCUCUGGUUAUGGCUGUGGAUGUGGCAGCUACCGUGGCCUAGGCUGUGGCCUAGGCUAUGGUUAUGGCUCCGGUUAUGGCUGUGGAUGUGGCAGCUUCCGUGGCCUAGGCUAUGGCUUUGGUGGCUAUGGCUUUGGAGGCCUGGGCUAUGGUGGCUAUGGCUGUGGCUGCUACCGCCCAUCUUGCUGUGGAAGCUAUUAUUCUUCUGGCUUCUACUGA